AUGGAAGCAGUUCUGAACGAGAGCACGAACAGCCACCUCGGUCAGUCCGAAUCGAAAGAGGAGGAUUCGAAUCGCGACGGGGCCGCUGCAGAUGCGGUACUACUGCCGCCGGUACCGCCUGCCUCCGUUCACGUCAAUGUGGCUGCGGAAAAAGUACUUUUUUACGGUACCAAAAUGAUGGAAACUGUGCAAAAUUCGGUCGACAUCGAAUUCGAAAAUGUCUCCUUCACCGCCACCCAAGGGAAUAUUUUCACAAAAAAAAAUCACAAGGAAAUCCUGCACAAAGUGGCCGGGAGGUUCCCCCCGGGUCAGCUCAUCGCCAUAAUGGGCCCCUCGGGGGCCGGGAAAAGCACCCUUCUGGACGUGCUCAGCGGGUAUCGACUGCAGGGGGUUAACGGAAACGUCUACGUCAAUGGGAAGACGAGAAAUUUGAAGCAAUUUCGAAAAUCUUCCUGCUACAUCACGCAGGACGACCGCCUGCAACCGUUACUAACUGUUGAAGAGAACAUGCAAGUCGCCGCCGAUCUUAAAUUGCCAUCUUCAGUGAGCUCUCACGAGAAAAAUCGAACAAUAGACGAAAUAUUAGUGACCCUAAAAUUAAUCGAAACGAAGAAGGUGCGAGCAGCGAGGCUCUCCGGUGGGCAAAAGAAAAGACUGUCAAUAGCAUUAGAAUUAGUUAGUAAUCCAAUGGUGAUGUUUUUGGACGAACCGACGACGGGUUUAGAUAGUUCAUCUUGCACGACUUGCAUAACGCUUUUGAAGCAAUUGACCCAACAGGGUAAAACCAUCGUAUGCACGAUACACCAGCCGUCGGCGUCGUUAUUCGCCAUGUUCGAUCAAGUGUACGUCCUCGCCGAUGGAUAUUGCCUCUAUCAGGGCGCCACAAAUCGAUUGGUACCGUUUCUGGAAGACGUGGGGUACCCCUGUCCCAAGUACCACAAUCCCGCCGAUUACGUAAUCGAAUUGGCGUGCGGGGAAUAUGGCACCGAAAAACCAUUGCAAAUGGUGCAAGCGACGGGCAAUGGAAAAUCGCUAAACUAUUUCAACAAUCCCGAAAGAUUGAGCAAUAAUUCGAAAAUUAGAGAAACCGAUAAUAAAACACCGAACGACGAUGCUUUACUGCCAACAUCUCAAUUGAAUCAGUUAAAAGUGUUGUUAAGGAGAGGGUUUUUGAAAUCAUCCAGAGACGAAACAUUAACAUACCUUCGAGUAGGUACUAACAUAGUCGUAGGCCUAAUGUUAGGCAGCAUUUACUGGAAGGCUGGAAACGAUGGAUCGAAAGUAUUAGACAAUUACAAUUUACUGUUCGCUAUAUUAAUGCACCAUAUGAUGGCUACCAUGAUGUUGACCAUAUUAACUUUUCCUCAAGAAAUGUCGAUACUUAUUAAGGAGCACUUCAAUCGCUGGUAUUCUUUGAAAAUGUACUAUACAUCUGUAACCCUUGUUGAUAUACCUCUUUCGAUACUGUGCUGUUUUGUAUUCACGGUCAUCAUCUAUUUCAUGACCGAUCAGCCGUUCGAAACCGUCCGAUUUUUCAUGUUCUUCAUCACUUGCAUGCUGGUCGUUUUAGUAGCACAAGGAUUCGGAUUAGUGAUCGGAGCCUACUUCAAUGUUGUAAACGGUACGUUCGUGGGACCCACUCUGACGGUACCGAUGAUGAUGUUCUCGGGCUUCGGAGUGCGAUUGUGCGACCUGCCUCAGUACAUGUACUGGGGCAGUUACACGUCGUACUUGCGCUAUGCGCUAGAGGGCGUCGUGGGCGCGAUUUACGGGCGCGGUCGCGAGACCAUCGACUGUCCGGAGGAGAAGUUCUGCAUGUACAAGUACCCCAAGGACUUCCUGCUGAUGGUGGGCGUGCGAUCGGACCAAUUCGACAACGACAUGAUCGCUUUGUUUAUAUUCCUGUUCGUUUUGAGAAUAUCCGCGUUCGUGGUGCUGAGGUACAAGUUGUUUUCGGUGCGGUAG